AUGGAAUUACCAGAUUCAUUCUAUCAAGAAUUUCAAGAUCAGGAUAGUGAUUCUGAUUUAAGCGAAGAUGCUAAAAGCAGUCAAUUGAAUAUUAAGCCAAAUUCAGAUCCAAGUACAGAUAAUAAUUCAGCAAUUAGCAAAGAAACCUCACAAAAAAAAAGAAGAAGACCAGUUAAAAGUUGGGUAUGGAACUAUAUGAGAAAAGAUCACUUAAAAAAUAUAACAACAUGUGAUGUGUUUGUAACUAUAAAUAAUAAAACUCAAAAAUGUAACGAUAAAUUUGCAAUUGGUACUAGUACUACAACUUUGGCUGGACAUCUUCGAACAGAACAUCGAUUAUCUGAAACUGGUUCAUUGCUUCCAUUAAAUACUAUAAAAUCUUCAAGUAAAAAUGUACGAAUUGCACAAAAAGAUCCUACACAGCAAACACUUUUAGAUGUAAUUAAUAAUAAACCUCCAUUAUCUGCUACAAAGGCUAAUCGUAUUACUUCAAGAAUUUUAUCAUGGGUUGUUGAUGAUAUGCAAUCUUUUAAUACUUUAUCAAAUCAAAAGUUUCAAGAUAUAUUACAUGAGACUGAACCACGCUAUAAAUUUCUUUGUUUAAAUAGUUUUAAACAAAAACUUUAUCAUUCUGUAAAUCAUUCUGAAAUAUCUUUAAGUACUAUAAUUAAAAAUACUCUUGAAACCUUUAGCUUCACUACGGAUUUAUGGACAGAAGUACAUAAACCUUUUAUUGGUAUAACAGCGCAUUGGCUUACAGAAGAUUUUCAAUUAAAUAAUGCUCUUUUAACUAUUGUAAGUUUUCCUUAUCCACAUAGUGCUGAACAAUUAGAAGAUUAUUUAAGACAUGAGUGCUCUAAAUGGAAAAUAACAGAUAAAUGUAUAGCUGGCAUAACAGAUAGUGCAGCAGUAAAUAUAAAAGCUAUGCACGAUUUUGGUGUAACUCAUAUUAGAUGUACAGCACAUACGAUUCAGCUUUCUAUUUUAGAUGGAUUAAAAACUACUGAAUUAAGUGAGUUACUUCAUAAAGCUAAAUCUUUAAAUAGUUUUUUAACAUCUAGAGAUAAAUAUAGAGAACGAUUUCGGCUAGUACAAAUAGAAAUAAAAAAACAAGAUAAUCCAGCUAUUCGUGAGCAAGAAAUUAUUGUUUUAGAUGCUAUAAGUGAUGUUUCUACAUGCUGGAAUUCUACAUUUUUUUUAUUAAAUCGAUUACUUGAUCUUUAUCCAGCAAUAUUAGCUUUACAACAAGAUUUAAGUCAUGAUCAAGACCGUUUAAUUAGAAAAGAUGCUAAAACAUUAGAAAGUUUAAUUUUAAAUGAUACUGAUCUACUUGGUAUUAAAGAAUUAGUAAAUUUAUUAAAACCUUUCGCACAUGCUACUAAGUUUAUGAGUGGAAAUAAUUAUCCAACAUUAUCAAUGAUGCUUCCAACAAUUUGCAAAUUACAAGAACAUUUAUUUCAAAUAGAAACAAAAUUAACUCAUCCAAUUAUUUGUACAGUUCGUGAUACUAUUGA